AUGAUAGCCCACACACCCGCAAUCUGUCCGUCGAUGGCGAAGCAAGCUAUCUUGGACAGGCCUCAUCACUCGAGGAGGAGGAACAGGAAGAAUGGGAAAAUAUCGCCGCAUCUGAAGACUCACCGUAUCCGUUCUCGUUCUUCCCCCGAGGAAAAACCGGAAAUGGAAGCACAUGCCGAGGGGGCUCUCCGAGGCAUGGAAGCCAUGCAGUCGAUUCACGAUGCUAUUGGGGAUUUGUUUCCUGAGAAGGGCUGUGUGAGGACGGACCUUGACGAGGAGUCUUUGAAUGCAUUGGGCCAGAUGAAGGAGCAGGUUAUGGACGAAUCCGCGAAGAAUAAGGAGGAGAGAGCGGUUUGGGCGAGGAUGUGGCCAUUCGGAACGUAG